AUGGGCAGCAGGAAGUUUCCUUUCUCCUUCCCCACAGCCCGCUUGGUCUUCUUCAUCCUCAUCGCCUCCACCAUCUUCCACUUCCAGCAGCGCCCAGUGAGGGUCCACCCCACUCAUGCCCAGGAGGAGACAACAUCGGUGUCAUUUCCAGGGUUGGUGAUCCCACUGGUAACAUGGAAGAAGCCCACUAAUGACGAGCCACUGAGCUUCUGGACCAUCAAAGUGAGAGGCCGCCUGGGGAACCAGAUGGGCGAGUACGCUACACUGUACGCCCUGGCCAAGAUGAACGGGCGCCCGGCCUUCAUCCCUGAAGACAUGUACAGCACCCUGGCCCCCAUCUUCAAGAUCAGCCUCCCAGUGCUGCACAGAGCCUUAGAGCAAUGGAUCCCCUGGCACAACUACCUGCUCAACGACUGGAUGGAGGAGAGCUACCGACACAUCUCCAGCAACUUUGUGCGCUUCGGGGGCUUCCCCAGCUCCUGGACCUUCUACCACCACCUGCGCCCUGAGAUCCUGCAGGAGUUCAGCUUGCAUGAGCACUUGCGCGAGAAGGCCCAGGCCUUCCUGCGGGGCCUGCAAGCAGACAGGGGCCAGCCCUGCACCUUUGUAGGGGUGCACGUGCGCCGGGGAGACUAUGUCCACUUUAUGCCCUAUGUGUGGAAGGGGGUGGUGGCCGAUCCGGACUACCUGAAGCAGGCCAUGGACUGGUUUCAAGCUCGCUAUGAUUUUCCAGUCUUUUUGGUCACCAGCGAUGACAUGGCCUGGUGCAGGGAGAACAUCAACGCCUCCUUUGGCGACGUGGUGUUUGCCGGGAAUGGCAAUGAGCAUUUGCCAACCCAGGACUUCGCCCUGCUCACGCAGUGCAACCACACCAUCAUAACUGUCGGGACCUUCGGCAUCUGGGCUGCCUACCUGGCCGGUGGAGAGACCAUUUACCUGGCCAAUUACACCCUCCCCAACUCCCCCUUUCUCAAGGUCUUUAAGCCAGAGGCAGCCUUCCUACCUGAGUGGGUGGGGAUCCCGGCAGACCUGUCCCCGCUACUGGAGAACUAG